UUGGAUGAAACACUGAAAAAGAAGGAUAUUUGAACUAACUUUAUUUUUUCCAUAUAUUUUAUGGAUGUGUAUUCCUUUUUCAGAUCUUCUUCAGAUGGAAGAAGUGCCCAUUACGAUAUUGACAACAUUCAGCAUACUCAAAAAGAAAGUCAUAAAAUGAAUGGAGUGGUUCACAGUCAUGUAGAGCAGAGCAUUCGUCCAUACAUUGAUCUGAUUGACUCUCUGAGGUCAAUUGGCAUUCAGAAGGACUUAGCAUUACCAACUAUUGCAGUGAUCGGAGACCAGAGCUCUGGAAAAAGCUCUGUGUUGGAAGCGCUGUCUGGAGUUGCGUUACCAAGAGGGAGUGGAAUUGUCACCAGAUGUCCACUAGAGCUGAGGUUGAAGAAGGUAACAGGUGGAGUCAACUGGAAGGCUGUCCUGUCUUACCGUGAUAAGAAAAAAGAAUUUAAUGAUUCAUCAUUAGUUGAAAACUACAUCGAAGAAGCCCAGAAUGAGCUGGCAGGAAAAGGGGUAGGAAUAUGUGAUGAGCUCAUCAUUUUAGAGAUCAUGUCACCAGAUGUGUGUGACCUCACACUGAUUGAUCUACCUGGAAUCGCCAGAGUCCCAGUGAAAGGACAACCAGAGGAUAUUGAACAACAGAUCAAAAGUCUGAUCAGGAAAUAUAUUGAGAAGCAAGAGACUAUAAACCUGGUCGUGGUCCCUUGUAACACUGACAUUGCAACAACAGAAGCAUUGCAAAUGGCACAAGCAGUAGAUCCUAAGGGAAUGAGAAGUGUCGGCAUUUUGACCAAGCCCGACCUCAUAGACAAGGGAACAGAGACAAAAAUUCUGGACAUUGCCCUGAACAAAGUAAUUCCUCUCCACAAAGGUUACAUCAUGGUGAAGUGUAGAGGACAACAGCAGAUCAAUGAUAACAUUUCUCUGGAAAAGGCUGCACAAACAGAGAGAGAUUUCUUCCAAGAGCACAACUAUUUCAGAUGCCUCUUGAAUGAGGACAAAGCGACUAUUAAAAGUCUUGCUGUAAAAUUGACUCAGCAUCUUGUUGAUCAUAUUAAAAAAACACUGCCACAGCUCAAUGAGCAGAUAAAAAAGCAGUUGUGGGAAGUGAGGAAUGAGCUUAAAGAGUGUGAGGAUGGACCACCACAGGACCCUAAGGGAGCCAAACAGUUUCUUACACAAACUUUAACAGGAUUCAUUGACCAAAUCAAGUCUAUAUCAUCAGGAGAGCUGAUCGUUAAAGACAAUUUGUUUGUGCAGCUUCGGGAGAAAUACGAGCAGUGGAACAAUGAUCUUAAUGAAACAAAGAUAUCCUUUUACAAAUUGACUGAAGAGAAAUUAAGAGAUAGCCAGAGUUACAGAGGGAGGGAACUGCUCGGCUUCAGCAACUACAGAGUGUUUGAGGAUAUUCUGCAGAAACAAGUGGCCACACUUAAAAAUCCUGCCGUCGACUUACUCAAUGCCAUCAAAGACAUCAUCAUCAAGCAGUUUAAUGAUGUAGUCAAUCAGUGUUUCAAGAACUACCCUGUUCUUCGAGCUAUCACUCUGGACAAAAUUCAGAACAUUCAGUCAGUCCAGCAAGAAAAGGCGGAGCAGAGGAUUUCAGAGCAGUUUGAUAUGGAAAACAUGAUCUUCACUCAAGAUCCCAUCUACUUGAAGAGCUUGAAUGAGAUUACUGCCGAGGAAUUUUCAAAAGAUCAGUCACCUUUUGUUAACAAAAAAUGCACGUACAGUGACAUGCUAAAGGCGUAUUAUGAGAUUGUGGUGCAGCAAAUGUCUGACCAACUGCCCAUGAUGACCACUCUUUUCAUGCUGAAGCAAACUACUCAGCUCAUGUCUAUUGACAUGUUGAAUUUGUUGGAUGGGGCAAAUGUGAAGGAGCUCCUGUCUGAGGACUCUGAUGAUGGAAGAAAGCGCAGAGACCUACAUGCUCGUCUGGAACGUAUGAGUAUUGCUCAGGAAAAAAUCAGCAAAUUUAUGUGAGCAAUCUACUGACUAAAGGAUAUUAUU